CCUUCACCGACUUUCCACAAAUAAUAUCACAUGCUCACUCUCUGAGAUUCUCCACUCUCGACACAACACAACACACAGACGAACUUAAUAACAUAUCAAAACUUUUUCCUUUGCGCUGCCUUAAAAAAUACUCUCUUUUUUAAAUUAUAGUAUAAAAAAAAUCUUGCCAAUUGCCUUUAAAAAUAAUUUAAAAAAUGUCUUCAGAAAACAAACCAGCGACGACUUCGUAUAAACAAACGGUGACUUCAACGGCGGAUUAUCUGUUAUCCGCAUUAAAAACCCUGACCCCAACCACCACUGCCCAUUGUAUGCACCACAGUAAAAAGAUGUCCAUUUUGAGUGAGCAGGCCCCCGGCUACCUGAAGCGCGCCUCGACCCCUGCCCUCUUCUCCGUCUUCAAAAAAUACGCCUCGGUCACCCUAACCGACGAGCUAACCGGGACCCCCACCCCCUACAUGACCGCAUCGGAUUUUAUCCAAUCCUAUCUCGGAUUAUUCAACGAACCCCCGCACAACGCGAAAUCCGUCGCUUUACUCGCCGGGAUUAUAGACACGUCCAAGGAUAAUUUAAUUAGUUUCCCUGAAUUUCAAGCCUUUGAAGGUUUAUUAUGCCUGCCGGAUGCACUUUAUCAAUUAGCAUUUCAAUUAUUUGACACCAAGGGGACGGGGUUGGUCACGUUUGAAGAGUUUCAAGAAGUUAUCAAGCACACGGUGACGUUCAAGAGGAUCCCUUUUGAUCUGGAUGGGGGGUUCGUGAAGUUGUACUUCGGCAAGUCAAAAAACCGGAUAAUAACCUACGCCGAGUUCUCCCAGUUCCUGCACGAUUUCCACGAAGAAUACGCCGUGGAGGCCUUCCGCCGCUUCGACACGAAUGGGACGGGAUUCAUCUCCGCCCUGGAUUUUGCAAAUAUUAUGACGCAGAUUAAAAGACAUUUACUCACGAAAGAGGUUCAAGAAAAUCUGAUGGGGAUCACACACGCUCAAAAAGUCUCGUUCCCCUUUUUCAUGGCGUUUAACUCGCUGCUUAAUAAUAUGGAGUUGGUCAAGAAGAUUUAUCUCAAUGCCACGGCGGGGAGUAGGGGGACUGAACUAACGAAAGAGGAAUUCCUGCACUCUGCUCAAAUGAUGUCUCAGAUAACACCGCUGGAAGUGGAUAUCUUAUUUUUACUCUGUGAUUUACUCCACCAAACGGGUCGGAUCCAGUACUCCGACCUUCAAGCCAUCGCUCCGGAACAUUACUUUAAGCAAAUUACGAAGAGAUUUGCGGAUUUUAAGGCGGUGGAGAGGCCGGAGGAUCGCGGGGUCGGGAUGAUGAUUCUGGAGAGCGCUUAUCGGUUUACCCUGGGGGCACUGGCGGGGGCGGUCGGAGCCACUGCGGUCUACCCGAUCGACUUGGUCAAAACCCGUAUGCAGAACCAGCGGAGUGGGUCUUAUAUCGGUGAAUUAAUGUACCGUUCAAGUGCGGAUUGCUUUAGAAAAGUUAUUCGGCACGAGGGUUUUGGGGGGUUGUACAGGGGUUUGGUCCCUCAGCUCAUGGGCGUCGCCCCGGAGAAGGCCAUCAAACUCACGGUGAACGAUCUGGUCCGAGACAAACUGACGAGGAAUAACACUAUCCCGGUUUGGGGGGAAGUGGUCGCGGGGGCGAGUGCAGGAGCGAGUCAGGUGGUGUUUACGAAUCCCUUGGAGAUUGUGAAGAUCCGGCUGCAGGUGGCGGGGGAGAUUGCGAGCCAGGGGAAAAUUGGGGGGUGGAGCGUUGUUAAAGAGUUGGGGUUUUUAGGGUUGUACAAGGGCGCCAAAGCCUGUUUCCUGCGGGAUGUUCCCUUCUCUGCCAUCUACUUCCCAGUCUACGCCCACACAAAAGUCAAAUUUCAAGACGACAACGGUUACAACGCCCCCUGGACGCUCUUGGUGUCCGGAGCAAUUGCAGGCAUUCCCGCCGCGUCUCUCGUUACCCCAGCGGACGUUAUUAAAACUAGGUUACAAGUCGUAGCGCGGGCUGGUCAAACGACUUAUGAUGGAGUUAUGGAUGCUACUAAGAAGAUUUGGAAGGAAGAAGGGGGGAAGGCCUUUUGGAAGGGGGCCGGGGCCCGAGUGUUACGGUCCAGCCCGCAAUUUGGGGUGACCCUCGUGACUUAUGAGAUCCUUCAGAGGCUGUUUUACAUCGAUUUUGGGGGGAGCCGCCCAGCCGGAUCCGAGUUGAACCUUCCGGCCACUGGAUUGAUAGAACAAGGGAGCAAACCGUCGAAUCCUGAUCAUAUCGGAGGAUUUGAAGUUGCGCUGCCGAUUUUGAGUGGGAUCGAGUCUAAGUUUGGGUUGCUGUUUCCUAAGUUUAGUCAUGGCAGGGGGCUUAAUUAAUUGGUUUAAGGGGGAAUUAGGGUGAAAUGGCAAUGAACAAUGCACGCGUGAAGUGUCGCGUUAAUGUAUGGGGUCCCGGUGGGGGGAAAGUAUUUUGUGUUUUUUAGGUGCUAGUUUUUAGCGGAGGAAAAACGUCCAUAAUUUAUUUUAGUUGAACAAAUGACGAGCUUUAAAAAAAGUGGAAAUAAAUGGUGCAAGGACUUGAAAAAUAAAAAAAU